AUGCCGGCAUACUGCACUCGAUACCCAAUUUACCCAGAAGAGGUCCUUGAAAACGUGGCCGCUAGGCCCAAGGACAAGACUACUACUUCCUGCGAGGGCCGCGCGCUGGGUGGAACAGCGCAGCUGUUCACGAAGCUAUUCCACGGGCUCAUUCCCCACUUCUCCGUUGAAAUCGCCCUACCAGUGACUCUAGCAAGAGCAUAUUGUAGACCGUAUGGUGCCACCGCUGCAUCACUCGGAGCCGCACCCUCGCGCCGAAGUUCUCGCAAAACCUUGAGGAGCUCUGGAAGAUGGUUAAACUUCGUAGAUGAUGACAUAUUCCUUAUCCUUACUAAAUACUCGCUGGAGAAGGGGGCUUCCUGUACUCGCGGGCCGAAGUCGUGCGCAUUACCGAUAUGUUCUUCGCCAAGCUACCCUUUCAACCAACGCGAGUCGACCGCUGUGGCGAGAGCUUGCGGGUCCGCAUUGAAGGGGAGCUUCGUGGUUGCGGCGUUACGCAGUCCUCUCGGUUUCUGCAUCCGGACACUCCCAAAGUCGGCUUGA